AUGUGGACUCCUCAAAUGGUUUGUCCAAGAUUCUGCAUGCUCCUGGUUGGAGAAACUCUAUUACAGUUGGUGGUUGAUGAUUUAUCCACCCCUGCUGUUAGAAGUCUUGCAAAGCAACAUGGUAUUGAUUUAGCUGAUGUCACUGGAAGUGGUAAACAUGGAAGAAUAUUGAAAGAAGAUGUUCUAAAAUAUGGUGUAGAAAAAGGAAUUAUUGAUGACAAACCUGCUUUUAAUCCUACUUCUAUCGAACCCAUGUCUGGACCUGAAGAACAACUUCAAGAGACGGCUGAAUCACUUUAUCAUGAUAAGAUAUUCUCUCAAAGGGCUUAUCAGCGUGCAAUGGCUAGGUCAAUGACUACAGCUGCUAGUGUUCCUCAUUUUCAUUAUGUGGAAGAAAUAAACUGUGAUGGGCUUAUGAAACUUAAAUCAGCUUUCCAGAAAGAGAAUACUGAUCUAGAUAUUAAAUUCACAUUCCUUCCCAUGUUAAUAAAGUCAUUAUCCUAUGUUCAUUUAUGUUGUAACCUCAUAUUUUAA